UGGGUGUGUGUCAUGGAGGGCAGAGGUGGACUGUCGGACCAGGCUGCGUCCGAUGUCUGCACAGACGCUGACCCAAUCACCAAGGACUACAUGAUGCAGCAGACGAUGCUGAGGGUCAAAGAUCCGGUCAGAUCUCUGGACUUCUACACCCGUGUCCUGGGAAUGACGUUACUGCAGAAGAUCGACUUCCCCUCGAUGCGAUUCACCCUUUACUUCCUGGGCUACGAGGACAAGUCGGACAUUCCCGCCAACGUCAAAGAGAGGACGGCGUGGACUUUCUCUCGCCGAGCGACCAUCGAGCUCACGCAGUCAGUCGCGAUAACAACACACACACACACACUAACUAGGUUCAGAGUCUGA